GGUUAAGCCGUAGGUAAUUGGUCGUUGGUGUUUCCCCUUCUCCCCCUCUCAGCGGCCAUCUGGGGACUCGGGUCCGACUCUGUGGUGACUGUCCUGCGGUGAGCUGCUCCAACUUUGUCCGGGGUCAGAGGCAGAAUACAGGCGGGGACUUCACGGUGCGGUUUCACGGCUCUUCCUGGUGGACGUGUGCAACAGGAGGUGACUGACUGAGCGGACAUUUACCGGAGCUGAAACUUUUUUCCAACCUCAGGAGACCGUUUGGAGGAGGGAAAAAUCAAGAAAAAUGGCAGACAGCGAGGAGCAUCAAGUUUCUUCCACCACUCCUAUGUUCAACGACGAGGUGCACCAUUACCAGGCCGAACCGGACCACUACCUCCUGGAUGACGACAUUGUGGACCUCGUUGGCGGGGCUAAAGACGCUUUGGAGCGGCACCGAGCUGAAGAUAGUGUUCCUGACGACUUCACGCAAACUUCCCUCCCUGAUCUAAAGGAGACGGUAACGUUACCGGAGCCAGCCCUCAAACCGGCAGUCCCAGACUCCACCAGCCCAGCUUCUGCCCACGAGGAGCCUGAAGUGGCCGCUCCCAAAGCCGAGCCGGCGAGUACAAAGAUCGCACCGGAGCCAGAACCUGCCCCCGAGAGCGACGCCCUCCCAGUGGCCGAACCCCGAGAAGCAGCGCCAUCCCCCGCAGAGGCAGCAGAGCGAUCUGCGGUGACAGCGCAACCAGCGGCUCCCGCGUCGUAUGUACCUUCUUCUUCUUCUAAAGCUCAGCCUCAUCCUCUGAUGCACUUCCCUACAGCACUUGGGCAGAAGGGUGAUUCCCCUGCUCCCAUCUCUCCCAUCUCCCCUCUCCACUCCCCCGACUCUCUGGAAGAGCUCUCUUUGACCGAGAGUCCCAACCAGCCCCCUGCUUCAGGAUCUGCUGCACCCCUGGGCUCCUUCUCCACUGAACCCCCUGCUACUCUUUCCAAGGACAUGCCUUGGGGGGGUGACUCUGGACCAGGCAGUAGUAAGAAUAAGGAAGACCCUCUAGAUCCAUUAGCUGGUCCUUACCUGAGUUUAGGGAAAGACCCAGGGCCUCAUAAUCCGUGCGAAGACAGUGGCAUUUCCUUUUCGCCUGACGAGAAGCUGAUUAGCUCAGACAGGUCUUCCACUGGCCCCUCCCCCGUGAAUCCCCAGAUGAUGGUCCCUGAGUCUCACGUUGCCUCCUCUAACCCAACAGAGCACUGGGAUUCACCAUACCUAGCUUCUCAAGACAACACCAAGCCCUCAAUGGAUUCCUUCCCCAAGGACACGGCCUCCAUUAACCCCCCAAGUUUUGAGCCAGACCUGCACGGCAACCAGUCUGACGAAGAAGAUGACUUGAUGUACGAGGUGAAGAAGAACAAUAACCCAUUUGAUGGCUUUUCCCCACUUGCGGACAGCGGCUACUCACAUUUUGGAGACUCCAAGUCAGACAGCAGAGCAUCUAAAAUGUCCGAUAGUCCAACUCCCGAUCUGGUCCAGUAUGGGCAGAUUGGAGAAUCCCAGGAAAAUCUACCAUCUUUCUUGGAUGAGGGAAAAACAUUUGAGCCCAGCAAGAUGACUGCCGACUCACUCAUGCAAUCGAUGAAUCAGUUCUCAUCUGGUCUCAGAGAUGAUGAUGAUGAUGAUGAAGAGGAAGAGGAGGAUUCUGCUCUGCCGCCUUCGCUUCCAGACAUCCUGAAGUCUUCCCCGCUCAACCCCGACAAACUAGACUCCGGCUCCUCUGAGGGAAGUCCGGAGGAGCAGAGCCCCAUCCUCGAACGAAGGAUGAUGGAGUCACCCAAUCCUCCGAUCAAUCUGUCUGCUAAUAACCCCUUUGCUUUUGAGGCUAAAGUUUCCCUGCUGAAAGAGAUGACUGAGGAGAUGGAGGGGAGAGCUACAGAUAAAGAAAAAGCAGAAGAUGACAAAACCUUUGGCGCAUUUGAUCUCGUCAAAGAGGCCGAGGAAACUACCCCAACUAAAGCAAAAGAAGAGGAACCUGUCAAGAUUCAACAGAAAGAUUGGUUUUCAAGCCACGAUUCUCCCAAAAUGACCGGAAAGUUUGAGCCACUCGACUUCCAGAAUAAGAAGACCCCUGCUGAGGAUUCGGAUUCAGAGUCUCCAACAGCAGACUCCCUUUCGCCGGUCUUGGAAGCAAUGGCAAAGAACCCUGCCAGCUUCCAGGUGGAAACUGACAAGAAGGACCUGAAGAUGGAGCUGGAGGAGCCGGAGAUGGCCGAGGAGGUCUCCGAGCAUGAAGUCUCCUCUGAGGAAUUUGAAUUCAUCGAAAGACCACCUAGGGGUGUUAUUGACGAGUUUCUCGAAGCUCUGGAUACUUCCAAGUUUGCAGCCUCCAAGCCCCCGGAGAUCCCCAUGGAUGAUGAUCUCAGCUUUGGACAAAAGGAUCCAAUCGCAAAAGUAGCCCCGCCCCCGGAGGUUGAAGAAGAAGCUCCAAGUCAGAGCUCCUACCGCCUCCUCACACAGGCCUCCCCCCAAAAAAGCAAGGCUGAGCUGGAGAAGCUCGACAUCCAGCAGCCCCCACCCCCCCAAGCUCCUACCACCCAUUCCCCUGUUUGCAAACCAGAGGAGCCAGCGGCGAAGAAGAGCGCGGAGGGCGGCAAACCGUUUAAGAUGCCAAACCUGAACAUAAGAGCAGUGGUGGAUCUCCUCUACUGGCGUGAUGUGAAGACCACGGGCGUGGUGUUCGGCGCCGCCCUGCUGCUGCUCCUCUCCCUGACGGUGUGCAGCAUCGUGAGCGUGUGCUCCUACAUCUGCCUGGCCCUGCUCUCAGUCACAAUCUGCUUCAGGAUAUACAAAGGCAUCCUGCAGGCCAUCCAGAAGUCAGAUGAGGGACACCCAUUCAAGCAGUAUCUGGACCAGGAGGUGGCGCUGUCUGAAGACAUGGUCCACAAGUACAGCGACAUGGUUCUGGCCAAGCUCAACAAGACCAUCGGUGACCUGAGACGCGUGUUCCUGGUCGAGGACCUGGUCGACUCCAUCAAGUUCGCCGUGUUGAUGUGGAUCCUGACCUACGUCGGCGCCUUGUUCAACGGCCUCACUCUUCUUAUUCUGGGUGUGAUCGCAGUCUUCAGCUGCCCGAUCAUCUAUGAAAAGCACCAGGCUCAGAUCGACCAUUACCUGGCUCUCGUCAACAACCAGAUCAAAGACGUCGUUGGAAAGAUCCAGGCGAAGGUGCCCGGGAUGAAACGCAAGACAGAGUGACGGAAACAGGAAGUGGGAGUUGGAUUCAGGAAGUCCUGAGCCAGAUGAUUUGAUUGAAGGAUGGGGGUGUGUGGGUGGGUGAGGGGAGACGGGGUGGAUAUGAAGGAAGGCUGGAGGAGGGGGAGGGGUUUGGCGUGGACGCAGCCCUUCCAACUGCAUUUGUCAAAAUAAUAAAACAUUUUUUCCAGUUCAGAAUUCCUUUUAUGUUUUUGUUUUCUGGGAAAGUUGCAGCCGUGUGACGACUCCGAGGUCGGCGCGAUGAUUUUUCACGUCCCCCUCCCGUUUGAUUUUUCUUUUUAAAGUCGAGUUUUGAAAUGUUUGUUUCUGCGCUUGAAGAAACGCAUUUGGAUCUUGAGCGAACCCUCGCUCCCUCCACCCGGCGCGCUGUGGGAGGUCGGCUGCUCCUCGGCCGGGUUCGGGGGAUCCGUUUUCUGUUUUUGACUUUAGGUUUUCCAGCUGAAGGGUUCGUUUUCGCGUCGGCUGCGGUCGACGAGCGCGAGCGGCCGGCGGCGCCUCUGUUUUUGUUUCUUUUGGUCUGAAUAUUCUCGCUGAUUUUCGGUGUAUUUUUGUGAUUUCCUGUCGUGUCCCUGAAGCUUGGAGCUCGUUCCUCGGUACGCCGGUUUCGCCUCGAUGUGACGAACGACGGAUUCGCGAACGACGUCUUUGACUCCUGAUGAGGCAGCGGGGGGAGGGAGGAGGGUCGUACUACCUUUUAAAAUCUUCAUCGCUUCUGAGUAACUCUAGUUAGAAACAUCUAGAAAUCUUUGCCGGACGAUUUAAACACAUUAAUUACAUAAAAGUCGUUAUUUCCACGUCAUCGCAGCCGUCUAGAGACAAACUCUGGAAGGAACGUUUACAUUCAUCAACAUCAGAAAAUAUUUAAAAAGAUUAAAAAGAACCAUCCAUGGGAUUAAAGUAAGCAUUCUGUCUGUGGAGCCGUUAUCUUAAUAAAGUUGCAACUUGAUGUGACUUUUGGGAAACCUUCAAGCAUUUGUUUGUUAUGCAAGUAUAAUUGUGAAUGAUAAACUUCAUACUUCAAUUGUGACGAUAAAAAGCUUCCAGCCGGGAGCCGUGUUUGUGGAAUGCAUUGUGAGAUGUAAACAAUUAUCAAUAAAGCUUCUAGACGAAA